AUGAUGGACGAGGAAGACGAGGAUGGAGUGGACUAUGAGCUUGACUCAGAUGAAUCCGGUGGAUCCGAUACUUCAGAUGAUAACGACGAGGAGGAUCCGAUCCCCUCUUCUUGGAACCAUAAUUUGUCGGAUGCAAUGAUAGUCGAUGAUCGGCACGAUUCUGCCUGGGAGUACAGCAUGAACACCAUCUCAGUUGGUGCUAGAUAUGCUGACAAGAGACAUCUGCAGGAAGCAAUCACUCAGUGGGCAAUGAACACGCAAAGGGUAUUCAGAACCACCGUUUCAAGUCAGAAAUUCUUGACAGUGGUCUGCAGCGAUGCUAGAUGUCCAGCAAGGGUGCAUGGGUACUGUCCGAAGUAUGACACAACAUGGGUGGUGAGCGACUGUGUGCCGCACACCUGUGUCCUUACAAGUAUGCUGAAGGAUCACCGAAACCUAACAUCCACUCUGCUUGCUCACCUGUUCUACAAGGAGAUUGUAGAGAAUACAGCGAUGGGGGUUAAAGCCAUCCAGAGAAGAGUUCACCUUCAAUAUAAGUAUGGAAUUGAAUAUGGCAAGGCAUGGAGGGCUAAACAGACGGCACUGGAGAACAGAUUCGGAACCUUCUUUGAUGCUUAUGACGGUGUCGUCCGUCUCCUGCAGACAUUGAAGGACCGGAAUCCGGGCACCCAUGUGGACAUACAAGACUUUGUGAUACCUGAGUUCCCUAAUGUCAGGGUUCUGCACAGGGUGUUUUUCGCAUUCAGCAUAUGCAUCGAGGCUUUCAUGCACUGUCGUCCGGUGAUGUGUGUAGAUGGAACUUUUCUGACUGGGAGGUACAAGGGACAGAUUCUGACAGCAAUUGGAGUGGAUGGCAACAAUCGAAUUGUGCCUCUCGCAACACAUGAGCUGCCAGACAACUAG